ACGUUCGCUCGCCCGCUCACUUCAAUAUUUUGCUUUCGCCAAGUUGUAAGUCCAAGUACUAAGCAAGCUUCAGGCGCGUUGAUUUGUUGUUAUUUCCCUGCAGUCUGAACUAUUCUGCUUUGAAUUAGCAGGCAGUGUGUAGUAUUAUAAUUUAAAUAUCCGAAAGUAUUCUUUACAAUGAGCAAAAUACGGUCUGGAGUGAAAUAGCGGCGUGUGGCAAUACCAUAUCGUCGUUUCAUUGGAACGGUAUUGAGGACGGCACAAAACUGUAUAACUACUGUGUUGUAUUCCCAGUGAGAUGUUGGGGGCGAAUAUUGGUUAACAAAUUGGAUUUUUACGUCUGUUUGGACUUAUUGCGAAUGUGUAUUGAAACGUUCAUUGCUAUACACGGGCGCACUGCUAUGCGCCACGAUUUGGUUCAUUUUAUACGGCACACAUCCUCUGACCAUUACUGCGAAGGAGCCCUUUAGUUGCUGGUAAUAGAUCGCUGUUAAUGGCGAUAUUGAGCAUUAAAGGGGACUGGUAUUUGUAUUUUUGGCUCAUAUAUUGCAAAGUGUACUCCGCUAUUAUAUGGUUAGUAGGCAAUCACUGCCACGGUGAUAAGAGUCGAUCCGUGAUAAGCGCCGGUGUCGGCGGCCAGUUGCUUGGAGGCCUUCAUAGAGUGCGCACGCGUCGUCGGAAACAACAGAGUCACCGAGUGAAGCAUAUUGUCGCACUAGUGCGGAGACCUUCUUUGAGAAAGAUAGUGAUGGCACCAGGAGCUAGCACUGCUCACGCUAUGAUGGAGGACAAGGAGAAAGCCCUGCAUGGCGCUCUUGCCAAUGUGUCCCUUCGUACAAGACGUGUAAGCCAAUUCGCGCCGCUACUGAUCGCGUUGGUCGGGUUACCGGCCCGCGGCAAGAGCCAGCUGGCGCAUCGCCUGUCACGGCAUCUCAACUGGAAUGGGGAGAGCACUAAAGUGUUCGACUGCAGCGAAUACCGCCGUCGCCACAUGGCGCUAUACGGCACGCACGACAUUUUCCGCGCGGACAAUCAACAAGGUUCUGCGAUUCGUCGCCAGAGCGCGCGGGAAGCUGUGCAAGACGCGGUCCUGUGGCUGAAGGAUGGGAACAGUGUUGCUAUUUUCGACGGAACCAACAUAACGCGGGAGCAACGCCGGGAUCUGAACGAAUACUGUCUCACGGAAAUGGGCUUCCGUAUUUUGUUCAUAGAGUGCGUGUGCGAAGACCAGGAGUUACUCGAGAGGAACAUUAUUGAGAUAUUACAUUACUCUGCUGAUUAUAAGACAAUGAGUGAGGAAGAAGCGGUCGAUGACCUGCGCAAGAAAUUGGAACAUUACAUGAGACAAUACGAGCCUAUAGACGCGACCAUAGAAAACAUCAGCUUCGUAAGGGUCGAGAAUAUGGGUGAAACUGUCACCGCGCACAAAGUCGUCGGACAAAAGGAGUCAGGCAUUCUUGGCUAUCUAUCCGGGAUGCGGGCAUUACCACAAACCCUAUUUUUCACUCGGCACGGUGAAAGCGAAUACAACGUGCUCGGCCGUAUAGGCGGUGAUGCUAACCUAUCCCCACGUGGACAACGUUACGCGCACGCAUUGGCCGAACAUAUCAACGCCAUCGCCGGCCACGAACCAAUGGCCGUGUGGACUUCGGAACUGCGACGCACAAAACAAACCGCCGCAGAAAUUAUGGCGCCAAAACGAGCUGUCAGAGCGCUGAAUGAACUGGAUGCGGGCAUUUGCGAAGGUCUUACCUACGAGGAGAUGCAGGAACGAUUCCCUCAGGAGUUCGCUUGGCGUGACCAAGACAAGCUUCGCUACAGAUACCCGUGGGGGGAGUCCUAUAUAGAUAUCAUGACUCGUUUGCGCCCAGUGCUGUCAGCUUUGGAGGAUGAGGACAAUGUGGUGGUGGUUGGCCAUCAAGCGGUCUUGAGAUGUAUGCUAGGAUACUUCCUGGAUGCUAAACUUGACGAGUUGCCCUACAUGAACGUGCCACUUCACACAAUCGUUAAGCUGUCUUCAUACGGUUACAAAUAUAAGGUGGAAAUGAUAAAACUGCCUAUAGAAUGUGUGGACACGCACCGCAAACAACCCAAGAAUUGCUCAAUAAACAGGACAACAGCGGACGCACUAUUAACAGUACCGUCUCACUACGACACGUUGCCGUCCAACUUGUGGCAGAACCCGACGGAGGCGCAACUUUAGGCCUCGUUCAGCGCGCGGUCUGUCCGCGCGAGUGAUACCGAAACAGCAUUAGAUGAGGCUCGUAUUGAGCUAACAUGUCAAAACAUGUCCAAACGUGUAAAACGUGUGUGUAAACAUGCGUAUAAGCACGUGUAAACAAGUUCAAACACGUGUGUAAACAUGUCCAAACAUGUGUUUAAACGUCCACUUAUAGGUGUGCUAACACGUCCAAACAUGUGUGUAAACACGUGAAUACACGAAUAAACAUGUCAACAUGUCCAAACACGUGCUAACAUGUCCAAACAUGUGUGAAUACGCCAGUCGGGAUCGCGCCGUGGUUGUGAAAGGCCAUGUGCUAUGACGUCAUAGUCGCUCAGCAAUAGAACAUCCAGCGCUGACGUCUCUAUAUACCAUGAACUUUGUGAUUGAUUUCAAGUGAAGCUACGUUUAAAGACUGAUGUUAAAAGUUUCGUCAAUUGUUUUAGGUUCUAUUUUAAGUAUGCCACACUGUGGUACCUCUAUCUUAAUUUACUUUAGCACUUAUUUUGUUCUCCAUUAAGUCGAAUUUUUAUUGAUUAAGUUAUUUUUUAUUUUUCGAUGUAUUCACGUUAUUGAAAUAGUAAUAAAUAAAGUAUCGUGUGCGAGUUAUCACAUUAGAGGGGAGUGGCGAGAUACGAAUCAAUAUAAAUAGAAUAGCGUAUUAUUAAGUAUUAGUUACGUCACCACUGAUCACCCGAUCACAUAUCUUAGUAAUAAUUUCAUAUUGUAUUUUCGUAUGUUGCGUAAGUGUACCCGCUAUGCCACGUAUUUUUAUUAUUUUUUUAGUAUGUAGUCAGACAUUAAGUAGCAUCACGUAAGAUGUCAAUUACAUUGUAAUUUGUAAGCGAUUAUUCGCAUUUCUGAUAACUGCCGGGAUCUUAUCAGCAAUGUAUGCUCUCGUGAGGUGUUUAGAUGGAUUAGAAGUUUAUGACGAUGGAGUUUUAUGUUUACGUAAUGUUAAUUUUACUUCUAAGCUUAGGCUCUCAACAGACGUAAGAACUAUUGUUAAAAUAGUACUAUAUUGUAAUCUUGGAUGGUCAAUUACCUACUGGCAAUUAUUUCUUACAAUAGAAUGUACUUUUAAUUUUUAUAAUAAAAUAGUAUGACAAAA